UUAGAGAGAGAAAGAAAGGGCUAUGAUAAUGGCUUCUGCCCUGAACAUGCCUUCCGGUUUUAGGUUCCACCCGACCGACGAGGAGCUUGUGCGGGAUUACCUUGUCCGGAAAUGCGCCGGUCUACUCCCGGCCACACCCAUCAUUGCUGAGGUCGACCUGUACCAGUGGGACCCGUGGAAACUUCCCGAGAAAGCGUUGUAUGGUGAGGAGGAGUGGUACUUCUUCUCGCCUAGGGAUAGAAAGUAUCCUAAUGGCAUGAGGCCGAGUAGGACAGCAGGAAUCGGCUAUUGGAAGGCCACUGGGGCUGACAAGCCCAUCGGGCAGCCGACAACGCUUGGGAUCAAGAAGUCGCUCGUCUUCUUUGCUGGAAAAUCCCCCCAAGGUUUCAAAACAAACUGGAUUAUGCAUGAGUAUCGCCUUGCUAAUGUGGACCGAUCCCUCAGUAUUGGGAGGAGGAACAAACUGCGGCUUGACGACUGGGUUCUUUGUAGAAUAUACAACAAGAAGGGGAUUAUAGAGAAGUAUUCAAUACCGAAGACAAACUCGUUGCAGGUCCAACAAGUUUAUGAGAAGAAUGAGCCCCCGGUUCCACUGCAAUUUGGCAUGCCGUUUUAUCCGCCGCCCAUGGAUAACAAUUGUCCGCCGCUAAUGAAUAACUGUCCGCCAGCCCACUUGACGAGCAAUGAGGUCCCUCAUGUAAUGGAAACCUCGGGCUUCGGCCAGCCAAAGAACAACGAGGCCUCUCCCAUAAUUAAAACUUUGGACUCAGUCCCCAAGCUGCAGGGCGAGUUGAGCGACUCAAGGCGUGUGAACUCGCCGCUCUAUCGGCAGUCGCAUCCCAUGAACAACUGUCCACCAGUCUGCCCGGCGAGCAAUGAGGUCCCUUAUACAAAGGAAACCUCAGGUUUUGGCUGGCCGAAGAACAAGGAGGCAUCCCACAUAAUUAAAACCUCGGACUCUUUCCCCAAGCUGCAAGACAAGUUGAGCGGCUCAGGGCAUGUGAACUCUCCGCUCUAUCGACAGUCGCCGCCGAUGAACAACUAUCCGCCACCAGCCAUGAACAACAACUGCCCACCAGUCUACCCAACGAACAACCAAGGCCCCCACAUAAUGGAAACCUCGGGCUUGGGCAGGUCAACGAACAAUGAGGCCUCUCACAUAAUGGAAAACUCGGACUCGGUCCCCAAGCUGCAGGGCGAGUCGAGCAGCUCGGAGCAUGUGAACUCGCCAGACUUGAUGUCCAGUAAGGAGGUCCAGAGUGAGACCAACUGGGAGGAAUUCCAGGAGCAAAUGGAGGAUUUCGACCCAUCUAUGCUGGAGCAUCUAUGGGACGACGAUGAUGACUGUUUCAGGACUAAGGCUCUGCCUCUGAUGGACCAGCUCUCCCCUCUGCCGCAGGUCUCCCCCAUGCAACAGGUCUCCCCGAUGCAGCGAAUCUCCUCUAUGCAUCAGGACUCGCCUCUACAUGAGAUGUUCUUGCGGCCCCAAUAGAAUCCGUUGUCGCAAACCUUCGAAGUAUCUUCUGACCAAUUUCAUGAUCCGAAAUAGCUCCGUACUUUGUUGAGGUCUCCUAAUUUUUCAUUAGAACAUAAUGUCGUUUCUUAUGGAAACUUUAAUGAUAUCAAGUACUAGUUCGACAUUGGACCAGUGGAUCUUGAGAAAUGGCGGUGGGGGUGAGGCAGCAGUCUUGAUCUGCUGAAGGCUUGAUCAAUA